UCCGGCGCUCGAUGCUCCCCAUCACCUGGAGGGAGUCCAGAUACUCGGGAGGGUGCGAGCUGCAGAGCCCACGUGAGAACGGAAAGCUGCGGGCGCGGCGGCCAUCCCUGCUCCGGGGGCCUUCCUGGCCUGGGCCUGCGGUGAGCCGGAGGGCGCGAGCGGCCGACUCAGGCAACGCGCCGGGCAGCCCGAGGGCCAUGGCGGCGGGCCUCUCGGCGCGGGGAGCAGGGCGCUGGCUGGUGGCGCUGCGGGGCCGCCCCCUAGGCCGGAGGACCAUGUCUUCAGACGCCCAGUGGUUGACAGCAGAGGAGAGGAACCAGCUUCUCUCUGACCUGAAAGCAUCUGGAUGGUCAGAAUUAAAUGAGAGAGAUGCCAUCUACAAAGAGUUCGCCUUCAAAAAUUUUAAUCAGGCAUUUGGCUUUAUGUCCAGAGUUGCCCUCCAAGCAGAGAAGAUGAAUCAUCACCCUGAAUGGUUCAAUGUGUACAACAAGGUCCAGAUAACUCUCACAUCACAUGACUGUGGUGGGCUGACCAAGAGAGAUGUGAAACUGGCCAAGUUUAUUGAAAAAGCUGCUGCUUCUGUAUGAUUUCUUCGGAAAUGCAUGUAAAGAUCUUUUGACUGUCUCACCUGAAAUGUAUUUUGAACACAGUUAUGUGAAUAAAUGAAGUUAUAAAUUAGUUCAUUUUUACAUUUAUACAUUUUUGUAUAAUCAGUGCUUAAAUACAAGCAAUUUGAACCUGA